AUGCGAGCCUUGAUGAAGUCCUGGGACCCGCAGUCUGAGACGCCAGACUUUUGGAAAUCUCAAGAGGGCAAGGAAGCAAUUGGCCCCAAACCAAGUGCAGCGCUGCAACGAAUUGCCCGGCAUUUUCAGACGCUGGGUCUUCCGGCCACAGCAUCUCCAGAUGACUUGAAACGCGCAUACAGAAAGCUGGUGUUGCAGUACCAUCCAGACAAGAAUCAAGCGGACGAGGCCAACCUACGAUUGGCGAAUCAAAAGUUCCGAGAGAUUUCCGAGGCCUAUGAAGCGCUUGGAGAGUUCAUGAAAAUUGAAAAUUGA